UUCAACAAUCCCGUCCAGCAGCAAAAUAUUUUUGUCCAAACUUCAGAACUCCAUGGAAGCUCUGAGCUUGAGGGUCUGGAAAGAUUUAGGGGUUGUUGACACUAUCUUCGAGGAAGAAGGUGAAGACCCCGCAACCACUCCUUCUGUCUCCCCAUUGCUCUCGCCAUCUCCCACUACACCUCUCCACUCUCUAGUAGAGGCGUGGUCACUGGCUUCUGGAGAUGAAAUAGAUGUGGUGGUACAUGUUGAGGAUUCAUGUUUCUACCUGCAUAAGGCUCCAUUAAGAUCGCGGAGCGGGUAUAUGAAACGGCUGCUCAAGGAGGAUUCCUCCGAAUUAAGCCUCUCUCCGCCGUUAAACAUAACGGCCGAGACGUUCUCUCUAGUAACCGAAUUCUGCUACGGGGCCCACAUUGUCAUUACUCCCUUUAACGUCGCACCCCUUCGAAUCGCAGCUGAGUUGCUAGAGAUGACGGAGGCCAACGGAAUUCCAGAUGAUAGCUUGCGCCAGAAGACGGAAACUUACCUCCGGCGUGCAGUCGCCGUUAACCAGGAGUACGCCACUGUUGUACUGCGUUCCGCUGUGUCUAUAUUCCCGGAGGCCGAGACGACGGCGUGUCUCGUUAGUAGAUGCAUUGAAGCAUUGAUGUCGAUGCAUGACGGUGACGACGCCGGAGACAUGACUUGCCUGAACGACGUUCUCAAGUUAGGGCCUGAUGAUUUUCAACUAGUAGUGGAGUCAUUGAAUCAGCGGUUGACCACUCAUGACCUCCUUUACAGGGUACUUGACCUUUAUCUCAAGGGACACGUUGGGAAGAUAACAGAAGAACAGAAAACCCGAAUGUGCAACCACAUAGACUGCUCCAUCCUGUCCUCUCAAGUUCUAAUGCAUGCAGUGCAAAAUCCUAGAAUGCCACUUAGAUUUGUAGUUCAGGCCAUGUUUGUUGAGCAGCUCAACACCCGUCGCUCCAUCUUCUCUGCAGCUGAUCACCGUAGUCGUAAGAAUUCCAAUGAAGCAUCUGCCACACUUGGUGCAAUUCUCCAACGUGAUGCAGCACUCCGACAAGUGGCACAGCUCAAAGCGGCCAUGAGCACCACAAACUCGCGCAUUCAGGAUUUGGAAAAGGAGCUAAAUGGGAUGAGGAAGCGUUUCCAAGAAUCACAAAACAGUCAAAAUUCACUGGACUCUGGUAGAUCACAAAGUUUUCGUUUUAGCUCGGAGAAUAAAAUCGAAAGAGGGCAAGUAGGAUCGGUUUCUUCAGCAAGCUUUCGUAUCAUGACAAGUAAAGAUCAUAGAGGUGCAGGGUCUUCUUCAUUUGAUCAAGAAUCGUCCGACAGGAGUCAGUCAGCUGAAAAGAAACUAGGGAGGAGAUUAAUGGAUGGAUUGAAGAGUGCGCUUCGAGUAUCGAGUUUAGUCUCAAAGAAGAAGUUUGAAAGCAGCGGUGCUGGCAAAUUUGGAGGAGAUGGGGAGAACGUUACUGAAAAAUGUGAAAUUGGGAAAGGGGAUGUCAUAGUCAUAAAGAAGGAUCUUCCCUAUCAUCGUUAGUUUAGUUUGUUACCCAAAGUCAAGUGUGACAAAUUUUGCUAUUUAAUUAGCUAGACCCCUAUUUUUCUAAAUUUAGCUAGGGGAAGAAGAAAUUUUUAUAUGACUAGUGAUAUUUAUUUGCAUAUGUGAUGUUUCCCGAACACAUCCAUGUACAGAUGUCUCGGAAAAUUUCGAAUUGAUCAUGAACCUUUUAGUCA